CGAGCAUUUAGUACUCUUUUGCGCCUCGUACAGUGAACAACUCUAAUGUGUGUGAUGUUUUGUAUAGUCAGGCUGAAUUGUGGUGGACUCGAUUGCAGGGAUACUAGCGCAAGAGAUUGAAGAUUGCGGGCCGACGGUGGACAUACAGUGCCAUUAAGCUGUAUAAAUGUGAUUUACUUUUUUCCUUCCGUAUAUUACCUGCAUCGGGAAAGUGCUUCAGUCGAUUUCAAUCAUCACAAUUCUAACCUUAGCAGAGUGUUUACAUGAAAUUAAAGAGUAUCUGUUAUGUGAUUCGCGCUUUCGGUUAAUCAACAAAAUUAUCAGCCUCCUGAUAACGAUUUAUUUUCGAUUCGUCCUCAACCUGAGCUUUGGGUGCAUGCACGUGAAUUUAGCGGCUCGUUUAUACUGGUUGAUGUUAUAUCCAAAUUCAUAUGAGAAAAAUUGAAUGAUUGAAAAGCAAAAAAAGUGAAAACGAAAAAUUUGUCAAGUGACCUAAAGCUGGAAAUUAAGAAAAUUUCUUAUUGUUUUACGAUUCUCCUUACAUCAAAAGAGCACAGGAAUAAAAUUGAAAGUAUAAUGUGCACUGAAGAUGAUGAGUUUAUGAAUGAAAAGCAUAAGAAAGAAGCAGAUGUAACCGACGCUGAUGAUAGAGUUAAACUUAAAUAAAUAUUCAAUUGAAUGUAAAAAAGACGAGCUUUUUAAAUAUUUCUUUGGAAAUUCAAAGUUUGACGCGUAAAAACGGGCAAAGUAGCACAUGGAAAUGAAAGCUCUGAUAUUCAGUGUAUCCAGUGGACCAAUGUGGUUUUAAAUUUGUGCCAAGUAAAUACUGAACAAAUAUUUGUAAAGUUCCAUUAACCAACUUCUCGUGACGCCUCUCGAAAUGUGUGAAAAGUGAUAAACGAGAAAGUAGCGUAAUAAAUCCUUAAAAAAAAUCAAGCAGCCAAGUUCGUGGAAAAAUUCCUUUCAUAAUCAAUUUCUAAUCAUUGCUUUGAGUGGUGUUUACAAACGGUUUUUAUAUGUGUUUAUCAAACCUUUCGGAAAUAACUCCCGCAAUCUGGAUCGGUGGCUAUCUGUUCAGUAGCAUUAACGAAUGUGACAUUUUAUUAAUAAAAAAUAAAAAGGUACAAUGAGGCCAAACAAAUACGAUGUUACCACAGCUUACCGUCUAUGCCAAGAUUUUGUGCCUCCUGAUGGUGGUGAUGAUUGCGGGAGCAACACCCGAAUACAUGUAUCUUCAGUCGGCCUGCUCAUCAAAGUUUGUCCGGAUAGUGGCAAAAAAUGGCACAGUCUACGCAGACGACAACGGACAAAGUGGUCGACCACAGACUUUCACCAUAGAAGCGUUUCCAUUGCCGAAGAAAAAUUUCACUAUAGGAGUAGCGAUACGCUGCGAAGAAACCAAUAUGUACUUAUGCUUCGACAGAAACUGGAAAAUCAAAGGCAUGAAAAACAAAGGCCAUAUUGUGAAUCGAUCACGUUGUCAUUUCUACGAAACUCUGAAGAGAGGAUAUUUUCGUUACCAGUCAGUCGUCAAUCAAACAAAAUACAUAGGUUUUAUCGGCAGCGGUAAACCAAUUAACUACAAGGUGAAGCGCCACAUCGACGAAAAGUGUUACAAUUUUCAGCGCACCAAUGCUUCUGCACUUCCUCCGGUGUUCUUUGAAUACAAUAAUAGUCAAAGUACCGGUACAACUAAAGCAACUCAUCCGCAUCGACAUAAGCAUGGCAUGGGUGAUCAGAGGAGGACACGCAGCAAAUUCAAUGUGCACCGAUCACAGAAUCUCGCUGACCAGGAAGCUAUAUCAUCACAGCAAUCCAUGCCAUCUCAACUUCCCUUCAUAAAUAAUGCUGGUCGCCUAACACGGUUUAUAGCUCCCUCGGUGCCGUCUCAGAAAGCUACAUUGAUGAGUAACGAGGUACACACGGGAACUCAAAAGCCGACUAAAUCAGUUAACACAAAGAAGCAAGUGAAACCAAUGAAGCGUCAUGGGAAAACUAACAAGAAGGUUAUCCUAUACGAAAGCAGCAGUCGAAAUAGCAGUGUUAGACAUCAUCAUCACUACGAUAAUGGAAAUAGCAAACUGAACAUUGUUCAGGCAGCUCCGAAUGCUUCUAAACUUUGAGGACAGCGCAUUUAUUUUUCUGAUUGUUUAAAGCUGUGCUUUCACAUCUCUCUAUAUUACCGAAAUAUAAGGGAACUUGUGCGCUGCUUGGUGCUGCAGUGCAUUGGCGUAAUAAGACAUGCCUACUAUGUUGUCAAGUUUACCUACACUUUAUCUCUCUGUUCAUCUCAAUUAUCUAUAUUUGUUUUCACGAAUAUAGAUUACUAGAGAUUGAUAAAUUUGUAUUAAAAUGUUACAAAACCGAGAAAGCUUUAUUAGAGUUAAAUUUGAUUCUAAGCAUCAAUGAAGUUUAUUUAAGCAAGAUAUAAAAAAUAAUUGCCAACACAAUUCUGCAUCUAUAUAUUUGCUAUUCGACUCAAAAAGUAUUAUUCACAAAAUGACUGAACUAUACUACUGACAUCCAGCACAUACAGCGACAAGAUUCACAGUAUUUAAAACAACUGCUGCAGCAAUUCUAAUAAAACAUAUUUAACAAUAUACCACGAGCAUUAGAAAACGCUGAGAGCUUUUAGAUGCCUUAAAAGUUGUUUAGUACAACCUUGUAAAAAUGGAAUCAACAGUCAACACAUUAUUGGCGAGAAGCAUGUGCGAUGUCUAAAUAUAUAGAAACAUAAUUUCAGUGCAUUGAAUGUGUCUAUCGCUAGUCGUUCAUUCAAGCUAUGAAUGAAGUAUGCCUUAUUGGCUCUCAAUACAAUUAGCCGAUUUCUGAGAAUACUAGAAUAUAGUUUUCUUUUCUUUUUUCGUUUUGAUAUAAAUUCUGUUUUUUGAAAGCACAUAGCAUCGAAUAUCUACAAAGGGUUUUAGUCCAAUCUUCAACUAAUUUUUCACUUUAAACUCAAGACCCAAAAAAUUGUGUGUAAUGUACAAAGUGCGUAUUUCUUUUUAAAAUAAAAGGUUCCGUUGUAUAUAUUUUAGUAGUAAUAAUAACACAGUUUCAUUUUCUUUCAUCAGUGUGCCAUUUCCUUUUUGUCUCUUGAUUUUCUUUAGAAACGAAUUAUAUACCUCUCAAAAGAUAAAAGCACAAAAACCCGACAUCUACAAUAACCGCUGCUAAUGUGAACUUGCACAAAAAAUGUGACUUAAUAGUGUCUGUUAAUGUGUAUUUAAGCGAGCAUGUUUAGAGCGCAAAGCAACCAAAUGCUAUUUACAGUACAUAUAUUGAUAGCAACCGAACAGUGAACAAUAGACUCCAGCUGCUUGAGUAGGAUUAUAAUAAAUAUACAUGAAAAGGUAAAACUGCUGAUCAUAAACAAAUCUCAAAUAUUAUACGAAUCUCCUAAUAGGCUCCCCUCCGACGGUGAAUACAUGCUUCAUUCCAAAAUUCUCAAACUAUUGGGAAUCCAAAAAGAAAGUUAAAAUAUUAUGUGGAAAAUAUACAUUAUGACACAUUUAAACCCUAGAAAGUCGACAGAAGCAGAAGUAUUAAACACAUUAUAAUUUUAGUGAGAUAAUUAAAAACUAAACAAAAUAAAACAUGUUUCUUCUCAAGCACAGAGUUUGGAAAUAAAUAUAUCGUUAGUCGAUGUUGUUUGGGUUACACCUUACUGCCAAAAGUAGAACAACAGUUACAACAAUACUCGUCUCUUGGUUUCAGUCCCACUUAGUAACAAUUUGACAAUAUAAACUUAACCUUCAAACGUCACUUGAUCGUUGAAAUGCUCACAUACACUUUAGGUUUAGCCAUCACCAACUAAAGAGAUCCAUUCAGAUCGAUUCGGAAUUUUAUCCUAUGGAGACAGUUGUUUUUCUUCGAACAUUCCACUAGACGUAACAAAAUAAGUCAUUGAUUUAAGAUUUGUACAGUUGUUUUAUUCUAAAGUCAGAAACCGAUACAUCAUUGUAAAAAUGAUGACCCGCGUUUUAUGUGUACAUAUAAGAUUUUUCGAUGGUUUUCAUUUGUACAAUAGCAAACAUAUUAUCAUUUACAUUCAGGUCUUCGAUCCUUCAAAAAUCAAUAAAAAGAGUUUUCUUUUCCAACAUCGCAAAAUCUAUUUGUGGGCGGAAGAGAUAAAAUCUUGCCAAGUUUCUUCCAUUAUAAUCAAUAUACUGUUAGAUCGUUCUGAUAUCGAUGAUGCUUAUGAACUGAUCGAAUGAACAUUCACAAAUGAAACAAGAAACAUACCGCUAGGAGGAAACGAACAAACAGAAUUUGCAUUGUUAUAAAUGUAUAUUGUAAUAAUUUUACCCUUUAUAUUAAAAUACGUUUAGUUUUUCUUCAUAAAUACGAUUGAUAUCAACUUUUAGUAAGUAAUGUUAUGAUUACAGAGAGUAGUAUUUGAACAAAAUGACAAAAUAUUAUUUUCUUUUUAAUAAUGAAUUGAACCAACAGUAAAAUGGUUUAGAGUUUCGUUUUAACUUAUGAGUACAUAUAAAAUAACAAGAUUAUUUAACAAUAAAUUAUAAUAUGAAUGACAAUAACGGAAA